UUCCGGAAAGUGUCACGCUGUCCUCCAUCGGCGCAUAUCACAGUCCACAGAGGGUCACGUCGGGAAAACUCAGCUGAAAUCAUGGUUUUCGAAGAUAAAAUGAUCACGAAUGGAGAGCCAGAGGAGGAGGAGGAAGAAGAAGAGGAGCAGGACAUGGUGGACCCAUUAGAGACGGUGCGUGAGAAGUGCGAGCAGACGGAGCAUUGCGUUCACACUCGUGAGCGUCUCGAGGCGUGCGAGACACGGGUCGGCUCACGCUCGGAGACGACAGAGGAGUGUACAGAGGAGCUCUUUGACUUCCUGCACGCUCGUGACCACUGUGUGGCUCACAAGGUUUUCCAGUCAAUCAAAUAAACGGAGCAUCUCAGCGCUGGUUAUGAAUCGAUGUCUGCUUACAGAAAUACAGUGCUCGGUUAUUUAUAUAAGAUUUGAUUUCUGUCCCAGAUUCAACAAUUCAUCGUAACCCAUAGGUUCUUCAAAUUAUGACUGAAGUGUGAAUAACUGUGCUCUGUUUUCAUCUCUCGUGUGUUUUCUGUUGUUGAGAUCAGUAAAGAGGUGAUGUUGACAUAAAUUUGGGUUUAUUGCUAAUGCAACAAAUAACAAUAAAGAAGAAAAGACAA